UCUAUCCCGUGUUCACAAAUGUCCUAUCCUCAGGGUUAUCUUUACCAGCCCCCGGGCUCUUUGGCUCUUUAUUCGUGUCCGGCAUACGGGGCCUCGGCUCUGGCUGCACCGCGGAAUGAAGACUUGGCGAGGUCGUCCUCUGGCUCAGCCUUCAGCCCAUACCCUGGAUCGGCUGCCUUCUCCGCCUCGGCUGGUGCGGGCUUUUCCAGUCCGCUGUCAUACUCUGCGGACCCAACUGCAGGAUUCCCGUCUUAUAUGAGCUCUCCUUAUGACGCGCAUACAACGGGCAUGGCCGGUGCGUUAAGUUACCACCCGUACGGGAGUCCAGGGUAUCCAUACCAACUCAACGACCCGGCUUACCGCAAAAACGCCACCAGGGACGCCACGGCCACCCUGAAGGCCUGGCUCCAGGAACAUAGGAAGAACCCGUACCCGACCAAAGGGGAGAAGAUCAUGCUGGCCAUUAUAACCAAAAUGACCCUGACGCAGGUCUCCACAUGGUUCGCCAACGCCAGGAGGAGGCUCAAGAAGGAGAAUAAGAUGACAUGGGCGCCAAGGAAUAAGAGCGAAGAUGAGGACGAGGAGGACGGGGACGGGGAGAGGAAAGAGGUGGAACGCUCAGAAAAAAACCUGGAUAACAGCGAGGCUUCAGCGGAGGAUGAAGGUAUCAGCUUGCACGUCGACACCCUGACGGACCACUCGUGCUCGGCUGAGUCUGACGUGGAGAAGGUCAGCUGUCGCGUGGGUGAGCUGGUCUCGGAUCAACCCGGAGACCGAUGCGAGGAGGACGGGGAAGACGGGGACCACGACCGGCGGGUUCAGCUGUCUCCUAAACCCAUCACAUCGUCGCCUCUAACCGGAGUAGAAGCACCGGUGCUCAGUCACCACCACCACCAUCACCAUCACCACCUCCAUCAUCUCCAUCACCUCCACAACAGCCAGCGCGAGGAUAUGACCCGGAGCAUCAUCAUCCCCGGCAACAAUAACAACAACAGCAACAGCAACACUAAUAAUAAAUCCUCCUCAUGCCUUGAUAAUAGACCUUCUUCGGGGGCGCCUCAGAAUUCUACAGUCAAGCCCAAAUUAUGGUCACUGGCGGAGAUUGCUACCUCGGACCAAAAGCAGCAACAUCAUCAUCAUCAGCAACAGCAGCAGCAGCAGCAACUUGGGCAUCCUGGGCAACCAAAUUGCCCCUCCUCCAGUGGUGGCCUCCUUGCAUCCCCCACACCUUCCACAACCUCCUCGGCUGCCAGUUCCCCCUCCCUCUACCCGGCCCCCUCCAUCCUUGGAAGACCUAUUUAUUACACGUCUCCCUUUUAUAGCAAUUACACAAACUAUGGCAACUUCAGUCCCCUGCAGGGCCAAGGGAUCCUGCGGUAUACUAAUUCAUCUGGGGUGAGUCUGGCUGCUGCUGCCGCCGCUGCCGCUGCUGCUGCUGCUGCAAACGAGGGUCUCAGCUCCUCUCACCAGGCUCUGGAGGGGAGCGCAAACCCCAAACACAGGCCAGACUCUCCCCUCGUUAAAAAUAACCCAAACCAGAUUGUUGUUGUCGAGCAACAGCAGCAGCAGCAGCAGCAACAGCAGCAACAGCAGCAUCAGCAACAUUUCAGACCCGCAAAUUUAGAAGCAAAGAAAGGUACGUAAUAAGACAACGGCGGCGUCACUGUCAAAAUAAACCCUAUAAUAACCAUUUAAAAGAACAUUUAAUCUAGUGUUGAUUCUUGAGAUUGUAUUGUCAAAAACAGGAGAAGGGGGAUCUGAACAGGAAGUGGAAGUUGUUACUAAUGCAAAUCAAUUCAAGUUUUUUUUAAGUGACUUCAUUAUCAUUGAAUGACCUGGAUUUUUACUUAUUUUGCAGAUAUUUCAAAGUUUUUAAGAGUAAUUACAAAUAAGAAACAAUCACACUUAUAGCAGCAGAUCUCCCUUCUCUUUUUUUUUUCUUUUUUUUUAACGACAAAUACGAUUUUAGGACUGAAUAUCAGAAUAAAUAACUCAUUAAGAUGGACAUUAAAAAGCAGUUGAACGUGCACUAUGGCCUAUAAUUCGUUUAAAAAAAAAAAAAAAAGGAUUUUUAAGUGUUACUCAUUUAUUUAUUUUGUUUUUUUCUGCAUUUCAUUGCAUCAUUAAAAGUGGCACGGAUUGGAACGGGGAUGUUUAAUUUGCAGCAAAACAAAAAAAAAAAAAAAGCACGACUAUCACAAAACAAAACAGGACACUUAUGCAACGGUUAAAUAUCGAAACUUUUAGAAUUAAAAAAAAAAAAAAAAAAAAAACCCACGCCACGACGUCUGUUCUCGAAUCAGCGUAACUGCAUGCGCACACACGCACGCACGCACACAAACGCGCGCGCACACCCACCACAGUGGCAGCCUGUGAAUUCAAUAAGCAGGGAAUUGUUGCCAUAGCUUUGACUUGGAAUUCUAUUUUUAAUGCCCCCCCCCCACACACUCUGAUGUGCGUGUGUGUGUGUGCACAGUGGGCCCCACACCUUAUCUUCCAGUGUAGGAUAAUUAUAAUUACACGGGGUCAGCCAAAAGCAAACAAAUCACUUAGUUUGCUGUGUGCGUUCACCGUGUGCAACUUUACAUCUUAAACUGUCACGUAGGUUGUCGUUGGUUUCUCUCAUUGCGCAUGUUCCAAAGCUUUGCCUAAGAGCCGCUGGAUAGUUUAUAGACAUUGUACCGGCAAAUAGGCAAGGGGGAUUUUAUUAAGCACUUGCAGUAUAGAAUUUUUUUUUUUUUUUUUUGGUACAAACCAGCUUGACAAACUUUGUUGUUGUUGUUGUUGUUGUUCCUUCUCCUUUCUGGGGUUGUGAAGGGAGUUUGAUCAUUUGAUCGUGUGGGAUUUCUAUUUCCAUGCUCUGCAGGUAGGUGUCACAAUUGCUUUGACUAUAAAAGCGAGAAAGGACACCACCUUUUUAGCCUAAUGUUUUACACCCCUUAACCUUUUACUCCAAACCGGAUCCAGUGCCACCAGUCGGAAUGAAAGCUGCUACCGUUUUCCUCGGCUCCACACAGGCCACAAACACUCUACAGACCCACAACACACACUUUUUUUUUUUUUUUUUGUGUCAGAUUCAUAAUGGGCUUUUUUCUCCUCCCUCCUCCUCCUCCUCCUCCUCCUCCUCUUUUUUUUCUCGUGGAUAACUAUUUCAUAUUGCUUGUUUGAAAAUAACUCCCAUUAUAUGUGAUUUACAUGUUAUUUCUCAGGUUCCUAUAGUUUGCCUAUUUGCCACGGUAUAUUGUUUUAGUAUCUAUUUACGUGUGUGGAAAAAAAA